AUGACGAAAACGGCAUCGAAGCCCGCUGAGGCCAACGGGACGGGCAAGGGAACGACGAAGCCCGUCAAAGAGAAACGAAGGAACAAUGAGAAGCGCAAGGAAAAGUCGCGCGAUGCGGCACGUUGCCGUCGAUCGCGUGAAACCGAAAUCUUCCAGGAUCUGGCAGGUCUUUUACCGAUGCCUGCCGAGGAGGUCGAGCAUCUGGACAAGGCGUCGGUAAUGCGUUUGUCAAUCGCGUUUCUCAAGGCUCGCAACAUGUUGGAACUGUUUCCCGAGUUGUCGCAAAAAUCAACGGAGGAGCAGCUGGCAAUCAAAAAGGAUACCGACGAUGCUUCGAUGGAUCACGAGGAUAACUUUGUAUCGGCUGAAGCGAAGCAGAGUCUGAAUCUGCUCGAACUGGAGCCGGAAAUGGUAGCCCUGCAGGCGCUGGACGGUUUUCUGAUGAUUCUUUCGGCCGAGGGAGAUGUGACGUACAUUUCGGAAAAUGUCAGCGAGUAUCUUGGCAUUUCUCAGAUCGACAUCAUGGGACAACCGAUAUGGGAGUACAGCCACCAGUGCGAUCACGACGAGUUGCGUGAGGCCCUGAACGGUCGGCACCAUUCGCCGUCGGAGCUGCUCAACGGGGUGGCAAACAGCGACUGUAGGCCGAUGGAGAACCGCGAUUUCUUCCUGCGGCUGAAGUGCACCCUGACGAGCCGUGGCCGUAGCGUGAACAUUAAGAGCGCCUCGUACAAGGUGCUGCACGUGACCGGACACAUCGCGUGCAAGGACAAGGAGGGCCAGCGUCAGCUGGUGUCCAUCGCACGUCCACUGCCGCAUCCGGCCAACAUCGAGGUGCCGCUCGAUUCGAGCACCUUCCUGACCAAGCACACGCUGGGGAUGAAGUUCAGCUACGUGGAUGACAAAAUGCUUUCGCUGCUCGGCUAUGGGCCGUCUGAUCUGCUGGGAAAAUCGCUGUACGACUGCCAUCAUGGCGGCGACGCAGAGCAUUUGAUGGGAACCUUCAAGCACGUGAUCAGCAAAGGUCAGAGCGAAACGUGCAGGUAUCGGUUCCUCGCCAAAACAGGUGGCUACGCUUGGGUUGUGACGCAGGCGACCGUCAUCAAUGACAAGCAGAAGCCGCACAGUGUCGUGUGCGUGAACUACGUCAUCAGUGGUGUGGAGAACAAAGAUGAAAUUUUGUCGUAUGCACAACUGGAAGCACGUCAGCAGCUGUUGCCAGAAGAAGCAGAACAGUGUGUCAGUGGUGUCACCAGUGGUGUCGAACCGCACAAUACAGCACCAGUAGCUGCAGCAGAAAACUGCGCCGUGCCAUCGUCCGGUGUUGAUAUUGUGACAGCUGAACAAACAAUUGCAACGAUCCCGGUGCGUUCGGGCAUCAGCCAAACGCCAAACGUCAAACUUGGCGCCAACAACAACAACAACAACAACAACAACAGUGCGGAAGAACUGGUUGAACUGUACUCCGGUGGUGUUGCUAGUGCUGGUAAAGUGUGUGUGAAGGUUGCCGCGGAAAGUGAACCAACGUCGAACCGAAUUCUGCGCGAGCUGAACAGCAACAACAGCUCUACAGUCGGUGGUGGUUUUGCGCCGAAACCCGGAUCGGUACCAGCAUCAGCAGCGUUACCGUCCGUCGGCCGUCCGGUAUCGGUUACGGCCUCGAUCUUUACCAGUCUCCCGAACGGUGGUAGUGGUGGUGGUGGUGGUGGUGCCAGCGGUACCCAAAGUGCCGAAAAGCCGAAAGCAAUCGUCAAACAGCUCGGUACUGCACUGCAAUCGCAGCAAUCGUCACCGGCGUUACUGCAGUCCGUUACGGCGAAGCUGUUCGUAACGCUUCCGGCAAGUGGUGGAGCCAGUGCAGGAGGCUGCAACGGCGUCAGCGGUGGAGGCAGUGGCGCAGCGGGAAGCAAACCCCAGCACGCCACCGAGAAAAUCUUCGCCCCACGGACGGAAGAUAUGAAUAAGGGAUUCCUGAUGUUCUCCGAGGAAGAGCCGGGAUUGACAAUGCUUAAAGAUGAGCCGGAUGACCUGACGCAUCUGGCACCGACGGCGGGCGAUGCAUGCAUUCCGUUGGAGGAAUCCGGCACCUUCUUCAAUGAUGAAAUGUUCGAUGACUUUAUCAUCCCGGACAGCUACACGCUGCUACAAGACGAGCUGUGCUCGCUCGACUCCCAGGAUACGCGGCUCGACGGCACCUCGAUGGUGGUCCAGUCGGUCGGCAGUAUCUCCACCGCGUCCCCGAUCCCGACCUCCGCCGGCCAGCAAGGCCAACAACAGCAAGAGCAGUUGCAACAACAGCUCCAGCAUCAGCACCUGCACCAGACGCAACAUCAUCAGACGCCGUCCCCGAACAACCAGACGUCCCCGGGCUCGUUAUCCUCGUCUGCCUCGUCGAGCUCGUCCUCGUCACCGGUGCCAUCGUCCCCAAGCCGCUCGCUCUCCUCCCAUCCGAGCUCACCUUCCGGCACGUCCGGCCUGGGUUCUUCCGCGUCCAGCGCCGUCUCGGUAUCCCUCGACCACAGUGCCACCGGCCGGAGCAUAGGCAGCCAGCACAAUGCCACCAGCAACGAUCCGUUCAUCAACUACCGGGACGAAACGAGCGAGGUUAGCCCCUCGCCGCAUUUACUGUCGCCCGGCAUAUCGAAGAGUCCCGAAAGCAGCAGCCUGCCGUCGCUGUGCAGCCCGAACGGUUCCCUGCCCGAGGAUGACCUUGCAUUUAUGAGCCUUAACAUGGACGAGAUCGAUCUGACGAUGCGGGCCCCGUACAUCUCGAUGAGCGAGGUGGACGAUCUGCCGCUGCUCACCUCGGACGAUUUGUUGUGGGGCGCACCGGCGGCCACCAUCGACGGCAGCGCCCACGGCGGCCCGUUCGGCCUCUCCGGGAAGUUUUUCAUCAAAGACGAAUUCGGUGCACUAGAACAGACCCGCCAACAGCAGCAACAGCAUCAACUGCUGAUUGGCAAACAAUCCCACGGUCUCAUUACCGACAUCACGAUCGGAGCCACCAACUCCUCCACCUCCGCCCGUACGGACGAAGGCAAUAAUGACAGUAAAUCAACGCAACAAUCACCACCACCACCGCAACCGUCAAUUGAAUCGAGCCUGGCGGCACUCCUCUGCGGGGGAAAUGUCAUCAGCAUACAGGCGCAAGAAACGCAACCGAACGCCAGCGGAAACAAUGCCAGCAAUCAGAUCCUGAUAGCGCAACAACAGCACAGCCAGCAACACCACCAACAGAGCGAGCCAGAAACCCAAUGCCAGCAGAACGGCAAGCGCAUGAAGCUGCUGGAGGAGAGCCUGCUUCAACACCCGAUGGUUGUGCUACCGGCGAGCUUGAAGUUGUGCGAUGGGUGGAAAUUCGAAGACCUGCUACAACUAAACGGAGCUGCCACCGUUAAAUUGAGCCAACAGCAAGCGCAACAGCAGACAGGCUCGAAAAAGCCCAACAGUCCCACCAAUGGCACCAGCCACAAGCGGUCCCUGACGGGCAUCGACGGCGUCGAACCGACAGAAACCGGUUUGUCCUGCAAGCGCCACAAAGCAGGCGGUUCCCUGUCGUCUUCGUCGUCGUCGUCGUCGUCGGCACCACAGUUGCUGCAACAGCUGAUGGCACCGUCACCGGUACCGCAGAAGCUGAAGGGAAGGGGCCGCGCGGGCCAGGACGGAAUCGGUGGACGCUGGCCAAAUGGACAGCUGGGCGGAGCUGCCGGCAUGCAGCAGGAGCAGUCCGGCAAUUCGGUGCUGAUGAACCUGCUCGUGAGCGGUUGCGACGUAAGUGCCGGCUACAGUUGUCUCCCUCGUCCCAGCAAGGCGGCCAAGGCAUAGUGAAUCCGGCUCGGUAGCAGGAAAUAUAUCCCCUCUGAGGCCUCUGGGAAGGUGGAAACGGAUUCGGCGCAAGGAAACCCACCGGAAAAGUGGAACUACUGCUUUCAACUAAGGAAGAUCGUUUCAUUCCGCGUGCCCCACUCCAAGCCCGAAUCAAUCCACCUUUUCGGCUAGGCAAAGGGACGAAAUAAAGGCUGGCUAGAAGGAAAAAUAGAGAAGAAAACAAAACAGCAAAACAAAGAGAGCACGAAAACAAUAGACAGGGAGGCUAGGAGGCGCGGAGUAGCGAAGUGAAAACCCAAUUACUGUGAUAGUUGAUAUAAUUUAUAGUUUAACAAACAAAAAAAUAAAUAAAUAAACCGACUAGGAGCAGGAGACGACCGGGAUGGUGGGCGAAAAGCGAGGGUUUUGGGGUGGAAACUCCACCCACUUUCCUUCCAAAGCGGCAAGAGUAAGGCUCAACACCGCAACAGAGAUAACGAGAGGAGCGGAAAAUGCAUGCGCGGGCAUCGAGCAAACUGUCUCUCCAAAGGACUACAAAAUGCAAUCGAAACCGUUUCGAGAUCGCCGAUCGUUUCUGUGUGUGUGAGUGUAUGUAGGAAAAGUGCGUAUGGAUUAUGUUUGUUAUCCUCUGUUCGCGUACGAUCAGCCGAUUUACCGAUGGAUUUCUCUUGUUACCCUCCAGGUAACGACUCUUCUCCAGUCAACAAAAACACACACACAAUCUUUCGCUACUUUGAAGCAAAGUAGCGAAGAGUCGGAAAAAAACAAAAAAAAAACCAUAGCGGUUUUUGUUAGUUGUUAAAUAAAAACCUGUUUU